AUGGUCCUGCCAAAGCCAGUAAUCAUCUUUGUCCCAGGUGCCUUUGUUGGACCUGGACCAUACGCAGCAGUCGCGGAGUAUCUUCGCGCAGAUGGCUAUACUGUCGAGGUCGUCCAUCUAACUAGCGCCGCUGACCUGAGCGCCGAGACUGUGUCAUCACCCAAGUGGAAAGAUCUUGCAGAAAAAACAGCCGAGUCCGACGUCGAAAUCAUUCAUGAUGUAGUCGAGCCUCAUUUUGAGCAGGCCAGGCAAGUCGUUUUGAUUGGCCACAGCUAUGGCAGUAUACCUGCAAUGCUGAGCAUUGAGGGCAACACAGUCCAGGAACGGGAGGCCAAGGGUCUGCAGGGUGGUGUCGUGGCGUAUAUCAAUAUCGCUGGAUUUGCGUUUGGAGCACGGGGAAAGAAUGUCAUGGGCACAGAUGAAGACCCGUCCCCAAUGCCCUAUCACAAAUUCGAGGAUGGCAUCGUGACUCUACAAGACACAGCCAAGCCCCUCUUCUUCGGCGACAUGUCUCGUGAGAAACAGGACGAGGUCUGGCCAACCUUUCCCAAGCAACAGAGCUGGGGAUGCUUUUAUUCUCGGCCUUCGUUUAUCGAUGCCGAUGUUAAGAUUCCCAGGGCUUAUUUCAGGACUGAGAAGGAUGAGUGUGUAGUUCCACAGUGGCAGGACGGGUUAAUUGCGGCUGGACAGUAUGAGGUGGUGGUUCCCUUGGCGACAGGACAUUGCCCUAUGGUGUCUCAGCCAGAGGAGACGGCGCGAGCUAUUGUUAAGUUUGUCACCGAUGCUCUCGCCGAGUCCAAGUUGGAGUAA